GGCAACUGUAAACUGUAAUUUUAUGUGUGUUUAAAAAUGACAGAGGAGAAAAUUGGCUCGUUAGAGGAGGAGGCUUUAAAGAGAAAAGAACGGCUCCAGGCGCUCAAGAGAAAGAAUGAAGAGGGCAAAGAAAGUGCUAAUGACACGAUUGAAAACUUGCCGAAACCAAAAUUUCGAAGUUACAAACCGCAGGAUGAAAACUUGAAGAAUAAUAUGAUCGAGGAUGCAAAGCCCGGCGAUGUGGAAUCUGUAGUUCAAGAACAGCUGGACGCUGCAAAUAGUAAAGUGGUUAUCGAGGAACUGGAUAUUAGUAAUUUAGCACCGAGAAAACCUGAUUGGGAUUUAAAACGAGAUAUAGCCAAAAAAUUAGAAAUGUUAGAAAGGAGAACGCAAAAAGCGAUAGCAGAAGAAGUAAGGACUCGUCUCAAACGAGGCCAACAGGAUCUAGCAGCUUAUGUAAAUAAUCAUGAAGAAUCAUAG